UGCACUAAUGAAUAUGACCCUGGCCACUCUUCCUCUGAGGACUCUCCUGAAGCGGGAGUGGCUGGCCUGGUGCUGCUGCCCUGCCGUCUCUGGACCUCAGACAAAGUCUGGAUAUGGAGAUGCCUGAGACUUCACCUCUUCACGGGGAGUGUGUCAGGGAGAGAGCGAGGAAGAGAGAAUGAAAGAGUGAGGACAGAGAGCUCAAUUAAGAAAGGUAGGCCAUUGUCACAUACAGCCCAACACUGCCACCUGGCUGCUAUAGACUAGAGCAACAUUCAUCAUAAUGUGUUUAUGAAUAUUAUUGGUUAGAAAAUACACAUGUAGCCCAGGUACAUGCCAUAUUAAGCCAUUUAUAAACACUUGGCAUUGCAGGUCAACACAUUCAUAUUUGGAUGUUUUGAUUCUGUAUCCAAAUUCUGUAUCCACUCACUUUUUGCAAUUUCACAAAAAAAAAAUCACUAAACCCCAGCACCAUAGGUCUAUUUAUUCUAGUCUGUCUUGACGAUUUGGCUCUGGGUACAGAGAUUCGGCCUAUUAAAAAAAUUGUAGAUACGUUUCAAGAAUGUUUUAUGUCAUUAUGACUCACCUUUGUUGUACUACAGCUCAUCCCAGUUGCCAUAGACAGCAUAGGUUUCCAGCAAGUUGAGCAGGGCUCCAGAGACCAGGAAACGCUCUGGGAGGGAAGGCUUUUCAGGUUAGUGCAUAUCCAGGGUGAAGGGGUUAGAGGGAGAUGGAAUGGUGCAUAGGCACACCAGCUCACUCAUUACAUCCCAUAGCCGUAUUCCUAUAGGGAUGGGCAACAGGGAGGGGGAGAAAUGUAUAGCUGAUCAGAUAUGUAUUGGAUUCUGUGUUUCCGCUGGAUUAUUGCCUUGGUGGGGUGCAAACUAAAAAAGUAAAUGUAAACUGUCAGAACCUUGUGAUCCCCAGUCUCUGAUGGACUUGAGUUUCAUUGGUGUGUCUUUCACCAUUGAAUCAGUUUCAUGGGCGUGUCCUUCACCAUCGAAUCAGUGCCACCGAUGUUGAUCAGGCACUCGUGAUUGGACCGUAUCCAGGCGUACGGGCGGCCAUACUUGGCGUAGCCGGCCAAUAGGAAAAGAGUGCAAUUCACUUCCUGAAGAGAUGACUAUGAGUCAGUAUAAAAUAUGACUGUUUGAUUCCCUAUUGAAACUGAGUGGGUUGCAAUGAUGACUACUCACAGGCUGCCAUCUCCCUCUCACUGGGGGAGGCUGGUAGGAGAUGGGCCUCACUGCUGCCCCUGUGGAAAACUAUAGCUACAUUAUUCUGUGAGUAUCCUGAUGAGGCCCCUGGUGGUCCCCGGGCAGGGAGGAUCUGGUGUCACUAGCCAGGCUGUAGGUGCUGCUGGAUGAGGCAGCCGACACCAUGAACCCAGGGGAAUGCCAACCCUGAGGGGGGAGACCAGGGGCAUGUUCAGUAUGGCACACAAUAGCUGUGUUCUAAUUGGACAAGUUAAGAUAGAAUUUCCCUGUUUCCCUCUGUUUUAAAAUGUUUUCUCAUUACUGUCCUGGAAUAAAAGAACCAUCAUAAUAUAGACUUAAAUGAAUGGCUCGUCGUCCAUUUCUGGAUGUUUGAGAAAACAAGGUAGACACGGUGGAGUUGAUGGUCAAUAGAUGUCUUGAGGAGGUCAGGAAAUGCCUUAAAAACCGGCCACUAGGGGCAACAGUGAGUGCUAUUACCAUCAAGUAGGCUUGGGUUUUGUGGACAGGGGAGGUGGAUGGGUGUAAUUCAGUCGCAGACACUGUUUUUUGUUUUAACCCUAUCCCAAACCCUUACCUUAACCAUUCGGAAUAAGUGCCUAAACUUAAAUUCGACAUUUGAGGUUUGUAGAAAUGGAAUGAUACAGAGCAACAAAAACACUUCGAAAUGUGAUGUUUUGGAACAUGGAUGAACGUCUAAUUCUGCAGUGAGACUGUGAGAGCUUGUUGCAUAAUUAAUGUUUUCUGGCCCUUUAAAUCAUUUACCACAUCGAUUGGAUGGAGAUUUAUCUGGUUCUAGAACUAUAAGAACUAACCUGCAAUGAUCCCAAUAUGGCCAGGUCUGUCAGAAAGUGAUGCAGUUUCUUCCUCUGCUCCCUCGUGCCACACACAAACAUUAACAUAUUUUAUUUUGUCAGCAUCCUUGACAAGUAGCCUAAUAUGGUGCACAAUAAAUACAUCUAAUGCCACUUAAAUGCAUGGUUAUGAAUGCAAAGGAAAUAUGACUCAAAGAAUAUCACGAGCUGUAUUUGAAUCAUUCGAUAACAUUUCAACUGUGGGUGAUUGAAUAGGCCUAAAUAGGCUACAGGACACAUUUCAUUAUAAUCAACCGAUUCAUAAUGAUUCAUUUACGAAACAAAAUAGAUGCCUUGUUUUAGGCUGGUUACUUACAGUGGCGCUGCUCAUCUUGUUGUCACUGUAAAAAUCUAAACCUAGAACUGUAUUUUAGCACAUUUGCUGUGCGUUAAGUUGCGCUGUCAAACCUACAUAAAAAAUUUGCAAUUGCAAACGCACAUAUUCCUUCCCUCUUUUUCAUUCAUCUUUUAAUUUAUUCUGCAUCAGCUGUUUAUGGUCUUUCUGCGAUACAAUUAUAAAAUGUUCUUUAAAGACAGAGAUCUACAUUAUAGAUCUUCUUUCGGGAGACACUUGUUCUUCGAGCUCAUCUCUCAGUUGUCUAACACACGCAAGGGAUCAUCUGUAUAUUCCCGUGUAACAAAGAAACGUAGGAUAAAUGCGGGUCUUGGCAUAUGUGGACCUGUUGGUUAGGCCGAUACAUUUAAGCCUAUGGUGAUUUUAGAAAUACGUAUGAUGGCCAAUUAAUGAAUGGGGUUUGAAUAUUUGCUUGAAAAUGGUCUACUUUUAUCGCGAGUUGGCAGCCAACUAGCGCUUAUUGAUUGUGCCUUGUUGAUUGGUGGAUCCUAUGAAAGCAAUCAGCUCUCUACCAAUUAGGGAAUGGACAGGUGUGGCUGCCACUGACAGUCAAAAUGGUGCCAAUCAUGGAGAAGUUUGAUGAAUUGCAAAAGAAAAUAGAGAAAGAUAAGGAAAUAGAAAUUAAGUAACUUUUCACGUUACCAUUACACUAUACCAAACAUGACCAUACAUUGUAUAAUGAAGGUUAGGUUUCUCAAAAUAAUUAUGGGGUGAGUUUUAAGAGGUGAAUGUAGUGACUGUGGUAGGUUCUGGUCAUAGUAAUAUAAUAGGUAAUCCAUAUAUACAUUUGAAUUCCUCACUUCUACCAAUAUUUCUUCCAGCAUACUGUUACCCUGUGCUACACUCAGUAUCCCAACUCCUGUACCAGUUGGUAAGUUUGAUUCGAUUUACAGUGCUGUUGUUUAUUUACUAGGAAGCAAACAGAACCAACUGGUACAACCUACCUGCAUUUUGUCCAAUAUAAACUCUCCUUUUCAUUGCAAAACUUUUUCCGUUGGGAGUAAACGGUUUCAUUUGUCCAAAACGUUUUGCAACGGAUUACACCACAGGGGUGUAUUCAUUAUCACGAUUCUGUUGCAAAAAAAUGUAGUAUUUUUCAAAACGUUUUGCAACAAAUCGUAUACUCCAAAUGGAAAAUGUUUUGAAACAAGUUUCUAUUGGACAAAUUCAGUAUGGUCCCUCCCCGUGACGUUUUUUUCGGUUUGGUCCUUAAAUGGUCAACUGUUUCCAUUGCAAGACGUAAUGAAUACAGCCCUGCUCUCACCCACCAGACUGAUUCUCUCACUAGAACUAUGUCGUCCCCUGAUGGCCAUUUACAGCAUUACAUUUUAGUCAUUUAGCAGACGCUCUAAUCCAGAGCGACUUACAGGAGCAAUUAGGGUUAAGUGCCUUGCUCAAGGGCACAUCUACAGAUUCUUCACCUAGUCGGCUUGGGGAUUAGAACCAGCGACCUUUCGGUUACUGGCACAACGCUCUUAACCACUAAGCUACCUGCCGCAUAACCUUUCUUAGUAGCAAUACAGUAAAGGAGACUUCUGCCAAAUGCCUUGUCUCGCACACUUGUCAAAUGUGGACAAAUCCGAAACUGAGACUCCAAUGCAAAAAUAGAUAUAUUUGGACAUCGUCCAAUAAAAGAUUCACAAUAAAAUGGAAUCUUAGAUGCACUUAGAUGAUGCAUGCAUAUCUGCCAGGAUUUGUAAAUAACCCUGAAACAAGAACACAAAACUGUACAGAUUCAUAUUAUUCAUUCACCAUGUUGUUAUUGUGAUUGAAUGUGGUUAAUUUCUGUGUCAUAGACAGAUGGAUACACCAUAAACAAACAUCUGUUCAUUAAACAGCAUACCACUGUUUAAUCAGCCUCUUCACUUUUAUGCCUGAUUCAUACUAAACAAAACACGUUCUGUGUCAAUGAGUUUAUGGUAAUGAUUCCAUCUGUCUUGUGUUAUAGGAACAUUCCGGUCUGAGUGUCAUGAACGUCACUUCUGGCUGUUUGUCAAGUCUGGCUUCCUUGGCCCUAUGAUCCGAUUCGAUGUUCAAGGUGCGAGUGUAAUAUUAUUGGUUGAAAUAUGGAUACAGCCUUUUACCCAACUGCCACUGGUGUGUUGUACUUGAUCAUCUUAGACUGAACUUGUCUAGAAUGUGAACGUUUCGGAGAACAAGAAUGUCAUUUGAAUGUGGAGUACACCCAUAGAGAUAGUUAGUUAGAGGAUGUAACAUUGUAUAGGUCCCAUUAUGGCGCCUGAGAGCACAGGUACCACCAUUGAGGCCAUCUCCAUUUCAAAUACAUUUUUGGUCUACUACUGCUAUGAGUUGGUAAACAAACUGAAAGGGUGCAUACUGCCACCUUGAGUGUGUAGGUAUAAAGCCCACGUUGGGGAUUUACUGCCACCUGCAGUCAUGGAAUGUUUGCUCACGAGUAUAAUUCAUUGGCUGAUCUCUCCUGAUGACCUGGAUGGAAUUAUGUGAUCCUUCCUUAACCCAUAGGCCGUUCCACCCAGUUGACUACUAAAAUUGUGAAAGUCCUCAAUGGCGCUGCCCAUGCUAAAACUAGGUUUUGGGCACUUGAGUCCUCUAUCUAUCAGUAUGAAGACACCAUAGCCAGCUGCACUGUGAAUAUUGAUGCAUACUUUCUCUAAACCUCUGUUGUCAUCAGACCACCAGGGAGUUCACUUCCUGUCUGGCCAAAAGGCCACUGAGUGUGGCUACACCGUGCUCUUCAAUCACCAUGGAGACCUGGUGUUCCGUGCCUCGUUCCUCGCCUGCCACGUCAACAACCAGGUGGACUUGAUUGACCCAAAAUUGAUAUAUAUAUUCAAUAUACUGGUGUAUAUACAGUCAAAUUUGGAUAUGCAAUGGCUUGGACUGAAUGAGUUGUGUAGGAAUUAGGAUGUGUACAAAUCAGGAGUCGACUGUAUAGAAGCCAAAUUGUCCUUCCAUCUCAAUCAUCAAUAUAAUAAUGAAUCCAAGUGAAUUAGCUUGACUUCUAACUUGUUUUCUGAUUAACUGAAUUGAAUAAGAACCUCUUCUGUGCAGUGGGACUCUGAGUUCCGUCUGAAGGUGUGGUUGGUGAACCGGCAGGUGAAUGGGAGGGACCUAGGGUACCCCUUCCUGCUCCACUGCGCCCCCCAGUGGCCCUGGGGCAUCCGGGAGCUCGUCUGUGAGGAGAGCUACAUGGAGGUGACUUACAGGUCCAUCAGAUCACAAUAGAAUAGAAAUGUACUGUCCAUCUGCGCCUGGAACUUUGCCAAACUUCUGUGUCAAACUUACAUGUUUCAAAUCGGUUAUGUUUUAAUUACACUGUGUCUCUCCUUUAAUUGUUCUCCAAGGUGUCCAUAAAGGGACCAGCUGCGUUAGACUCUGGACAGAAGAAAGAGGAGGUGGGAAAGAGAGGCAUGAUGUUCCACAGACCAGGCCACACCCAAGGGGAGGUUAGACCCAGGACCAUGGCAGAGGCCAGUGCCCUGGGCUACUACCUCUCUGAGUCAGGCUCCAGGAUUAUCCUGCGCUGCCCCUACUCCUCACCCCUCUCCUACACCAUCAAGGUACUUCUGAUGAGGGUGUUUACUGUGCUCUGAAUAUAUUGGUAUACACGUUAGACUAACUCUUGUCUUUCACUUGACCACGCCUAUGCACACACAGGAGAAAGGUGUGGAGUUGGAAGUGGUCAAUGCUACGAUCCUGUAUCCACAUCAAGGGAAGGUCCUUGCCAUCGAUGCCACAGUGGCCUGCUCCAUGAGUACGUGGUCUAUUUAUUAGGGCAUACAAAUGACAAUGAGAAUCUUAGCUUUGACUUUAAUCUGCAAUCCUCUUUUGACGCUACAAUCUCCUUAUUCUUACUGCUCCCCCCAUCCCUCCCUGCCUCCCUUAACUCCCCAAGAUGAGGCGACAGUGGAUGGUGCCCACCUGCUCUGGCCUGUCCCCCAUGUCCUCUCCCCCCUGGUCCAUGGGAGGUUCAGGGACAGAGGCAUGAGAAUAGGAGUGGAGACGCUUGCCCUGAGUGAGUCUGUGAUCAAGGAGAGGGGGUAUGAGAUCAGCCUGACGGAUGGAGUGGUGGAGGUCAGCGUUCCAUUCGGAGCCGAGGGAACACAUGUUAAGGUACACACACACACACAUGCAUGCAUACAUACAUACAGUGGGGGAAAAAAGUAUUUAGUCAGCCACCAAUUGUGCAUGUUCUCCCACUUAAAAAGAUGAGAGGCCUGUAAUUUUCAUCAUAGGUACACGUCAACUAUGACAGACAAAUUGAGAUUUUUUUUCUCCAGAAAAUCACAUUGUAGGAUUUUUAAUGUAUUUAUUUGCAAAUUAUGGUGGAAAAUAAGUAUUUGGUCACCUACAAACAAGCAAGAUUUCUGGCUCUCACAGACCUGUAACUUCUUCUUUAAGAGGCUCCUCUGUCCUCCACUCGUUACCUGUAUUAAUGGCACCUGUUUGAACUUGUUAUCAGUAUAAAAGACACCUGUCCACAACCUCAAACAGUCACACUCCAAACUCCACUAUGGCCAAGACCAAAGAGCUGUCAAAGGACACCAGAAACAAAAUUGUAGACCUGCACCAGGCUGGGAAGACUGAAUCUGCAAUAGGUAAGCAGCUUGGUUUGAAGAAAUCAACUGUGGGAGCAAUUAUUAGGAAAUGGAAGACAUACAAGACCACUGAUAAUCUCCCUCGAUCUGGGGCUCCACGCAAGAUCUCACCCCGUGGGGUCAAAAUGAUCACAAGAACGGUGAGCAAAAAUCCCAGAACCACACGGGGGGACCUAGUGAAUGACCUGCAGAGAGCUGGGUCCAAAGUAACAAAGCCUACCAUCAGUAACACACUACGCCGCCAGGGACUCAGAUCCUGCAGUGCCAGACGUGUCCCCCUGCUUAAGCCAGUACAUGUCCAGGCCCGUCUGAAGUUUGCUAGAGUGCAUUUGGAUGAUCCAGAAGAGGAUUGGGAGAAUGUCAUAUGGUCAGAUGAAACCAAAAUAUAACUUUUUGGUAAAAACUCAACUCGUUGUGUUUGGAGGACAAAGAAUGCGGAGUUGCAUCCAAAGAACACCAUACCUACUGUGAAGCAUGGGGGUGGAAACAUCAUGCUUUGGGGCUGUUUUUCUGCAAAGGGACCAGGACGACUGAUCCGUGUAAAGGAAAGAAUGAAUGGGGCCAUGUAUCGUGAGAUUUUGAGUGAAAACCUCCUUCCAUCAGCAAGGGCAUUGAAGAUUAAACGUGGCUGGGUCUUUCAGCAUGACAAUGAUCCCAAACACACUGCCCGGGCAACGAAGGAGUGGCUUCGUAAGAAGCAUUUCAAGGUCCUGGAGUGGCCUAGCCAGUCUCCAAAUCUCAACCCCAUAGAAAAUCUUUGGAGGGAGUUGAAAGUCCGUGUUGCCCAGCGACAGCCCCAAAACAUCACUGCUCUAGAGGAGAUCUGAAUGGAGGAAUGGGCCAAAAUACCAGCAACAGUGUGUGAAAACCUUGUGAAGACUUACAGAAAACGUUUGACCUGUGUCAUUGCCAACAAAGGGUAUAUAACAAAGUAUUGAGAAACUUUUGUUAUUGACCAAAUACUUAUUUUCCACCAUAAUUUGCAAAUAAAUUCAUAAAAAAUCCUACAAUGUGAUUUUCUGGAUUUUUUAUUUCUCAUUUUGUCUGUCAUAGUUGAUGUGUACCUAUGAUGAAAAUUACAGGCCUCUCUCAUCUUUUUAAGUGGGAGAACUUGCACAAUUGGUGGCUGACUAAAUACUUUUUUUCCCCCACUGUACAUACAUUCAACUGCUAUUUCUUGUCCCAGAGUGGUGUGUUGGAGGGCCAGUACAGCCAGUCUGUGUCUGUAGACCUAUUCUACCUGCACCAGUGGGAGGAUGACCGGUGGCACCUCACCCAGCAUCGCUCUUUCAGGUUCCUCAAGACCUCCUAUGUUCCCCUGGACCCCCACACUCACAGACCGUCAGUAUCCAUCUACUAUGAGUACUCAAAUAUGAAUCUCUGCUUUGAAUGAAUUCGGCCAAAUUUGCUAUAUUACCACAAUGGUUGGCCACUGCUCGAAAACUGGCAUAAGUUACAAAACAUGCUGGAGGCUGCAUAUUUAUGGGAUAGAUUGAAAGAAAAAGAAAGGUGAAUUAGAUUGUCACUAAAACCCACAUCAGUUAACAGUAAUUUCAAUACCAAUCUGUUUGCAUGCUUUGAUCAUGACUCCACACCCACUAAAUCUGUUCCCUCCCCAGACACCAUAUCGUCCCAGAAGGUGUUCUCUGUCUCCCUGGGUGUGUUCCCUCCUGACGUGUCCCUCCACAACGUCACCGGGGGGAGUGAGGGGGACACUUUGUCCUGGGUCCAGGUCCCCUACCCCAACGGGUCACACUCCUACCAGCUUCGUGCCCCCUUCUCACACCCCUCUGUUCUUCAGAAGGUAAGACAAAUGAAGAGAGGCGGAGAGAAGAACCAAUUGUAGAGAUGUACAGUGAGUAUACAAAACAUUAAGAACAUUUCCAUGACACAGGCUGACCAGGUGAAUCUAGAUGAAAGCUAUGAUCCCUUAUUGAUGUCACUUGUUAAGCCCUCUACAGUCUAAGCCCUUUCCAAGCCGGGGGAGGUUCUACUAAGCUAUAUGGAAUUGUUUUAAGAAGGUCAUACCAAGGAUCAUUUAGCUAUUUGAUUUAGGAUUUUAAGACCCCUUGAAGUAUCCCCAUUUCAUUUUUUUAUGAACAUUUUAAUUUGGCCUUACUAUUAGCCCAUACAAAUGCAUUGAAAAACAGAUUCACUACAUGGAACAACAGAUGGUCCCAAAAAUACAUCUAAAGGAAGUUUGUUCUGAAGUGUCUGUCCUAUAUCUGAGAGAUAUAAGAAAGAUCAGGAUUUUUAUUUUUUUGUACAUAUAUUUAACCCCUUAUUUUUGGCACUGAACAGUCUCCAUAUAUACUUCCAUAAAUUUUUUUCAACUGGUACUGGGGGACGUUUAGACGAGUCUUGUGAGGCCUGUGGGCGUCCUAGAGCAAACCGACAUGUCCAUGUUCGUGAGAGUCUUGCCUUUCCACAGAGGGGUCAUAUUAGUGUGCCCAAACUGUUCGGACGCUACAGAUAGCAGUUGGCAGAUCGGCUGUACCGACUUCUGAACGUCUUGGGACUCGUCUGCCGAUUUUGUGAGAAGACCGAUUAUCGGGAUGUCUCAUGGUCUGACAACCACCGCUAUAGCUCUGUUACCUUUCACCGCAGAUGCAGAAGUGUGACCUCAGUGGAUUGAGACGCAUCCAAUGCAAAAAAAUAUACACGAUUUUGCAGGUUUUCCUACUUACAAAGCAUGUAGAGGACUGUAAUUUUUAUCAUAGGUACACUUCAACUGUGAGACGGAAUCUAAAACAAAAAUCCAGAAAAAUCACAUUGUAUGAUUUUUAAGUAAUUAAUUUGCAUUUUAUUGCAUGACAUAAGUAUUUGAUCACCUACCAACCAGUAAGAAUUCCGGCUCUCACAGACCUGUUAGUUUUUCUUUAAGAAGCCCUCCUGUUCUCCACUCAUUACCUGCAUUAACUGCACCUGUUUGAACUCGUUACCUGUAUAAAAGACACCUGUCCACACACUCAAUCAAACAGACUCCAACCACAAUGGCCAAGACCAGAGAGCUGUGUAAGGACAUCAGGGAUAAAAUUGUAGACCUGCACAAGGCUGGGAUGGGCUACAGGACAAUAGGCAAGCAGCUUGGUGAGAAGGCAACAACUGUUGGCGCAAUUAUUAGAAAAUGGAAGAAGUUCAAGAUGACGGUCAAUCACCCUCGGUCUGGGGCUCCAUGCAAGAUCUCACCUCGUGGGGCAUCAAUGAUCAUGAGGAAGGUGAGGGAUCAGCCCAGAACUACACGGCAGGACCUGGUCAAUGACCUGAAGAGAGCUGGGACCACAGUCUCAAAGAAAACCAUUAGUAACACACUACGCCAUCAUGGAUUAAAAUCCUGCAGCGCACGCAAGGUCCCCCUGCUCAAGCCAGCGCAUGUCCAGGUCCGUCUGAAGUUUGCCAAUGACCAUCUGGAUGAUCCAGAGGAGGAAUGGGAGAAGGUCAUGUUAUUCUUUGGGGAUGCUUUUCUGCAAAGGGGACAGGACGACUGCACCGUAUUGAGGGGAGGAUGGAUGGGGCCAUGUAUCGCGAGAUCUUCUACCAACAACCUCCUUCCCUCAGUAAGAGCAUUGAAGAUGGGUCGUGGCUGGGUCUUCCAGCAUGACAACGACCCAAAACACACAGCCAGGGCAACUAAGGAGUGGCUCUGUAAGAAGCAUCUCAAGGUCCUUGAGUGGCCUAGCCAGUCUCCAGACCUGAACCCAAUAGAAAAUCUUUGGAUGGAGCUGAAAGUCCGUAUUGCCCAGCGACAGCCCCGAAACCUGAAGGAUCUGGAGAAGGUCUGUAUGGAGGAGUGGGCCAAAAUCCCUGCUGCAGUGUGUGCAAACCUGGUCAAGACCUACAGGAAACGUAUGAUCUCUGUAAUUGCAAACAGGUUUCUGUACCAAAUAUUAAGUUCUUAUUUUUCUGAUGUAUCAAAUACUUAUGUCAUGCAAUAAAAUGCAAAUUAAUUACUUAAAAAUCAUACAAUGUGAUUUUUCUGGAUUUUUGUUUUAGAUUCCGUCUCACAGUUGAAGUGUACCUAUGAUAAAAAUUACAGUCCUCUACAUGCUUUGUAAGUAGGAAAACCUGCAAAAUCGGCAGUGUAUCAAAUACUUGUUCUCCCCACUGUAUAUCUCCAGCUUAAACUGACUGAUUUGUAAAAUUAUGCUAAUUCGAUUUACGCGGGGUCGGGAAAAGCGACUCUAGUGGGGUAAAAUCCACUUCAAUCAGUGUAACUGAAGGGGAGGAGACAGGUUAAAGAAGGAUUUUUAAGCCUUGAGACAAUUGAGACAUGGAUGUAUGUGUGCCAUUCAGAGGGUGAAUGGGCAAGACAAAAUAUUUAAGUGCCUUUUGAACGGGCUAUGGUAGUAGGUGCCCGGUUUGUGUCAAGAACUGCAAUGCUGCUGGGUUUUUCACGCUCAACAGUUUCCUGUGUGUUUCAACAAUGGUCCACCAACCGAAGAGGCGCAUGUGCAUACCGAUAGGACGCAUGGGGUGUGAAUAGCUCUGUUUUGUACCGUCAAAAUUGUGGUUAUAUGUCGAAACUACACAACAUGGUUUAAAUUAAGCCUCUAAAAUUGAUAGAUCAAUAUAUACCCAAGCAACCAAGAGAGAGUGAGUGGUCAGUUAUAUACAACAGCAAACUAAUCUUUGGGUAAAGGGACUGGAACCCAACAAGCCAUUGCUUCCCUUACAGGAAAAGACAGAGCAACUUGGAAAUUCAAAUGAGGGCAAUGAACAGCUGAAGGAUAUCCAGGAAAACAUAUCUAAAAUGAUCUCAAUGCUCACCAAAACAAACAAACUGUUACAAUCUGUUUGUUAAAAGUAGAUUUGCUCGAAUGGGAAGUCUAUCAUGUUAGAUAUGCCAUAUACACAGGGUGGACGAACUGGACAACAAAACGGGCCUUCUGAAAACAAAGGUGCAAACUUUAGUAGACGAAGAUGGCAUGGAUGAAUCACCGGAGGAUCUGGAGCGAAGCCAUCGGAUCGGCGUGAAACAGAAGAACGCUAAAUGCCCUCGCAUGGUCAUCUUUACGCUGUGGAACUAUCAGACCAAAGUUGACUUUCUGAAGGCACAGGGGGGAAAGGAGAUUAAAAUCCAUGGCCAGUCCAUUAGAUUCAUCCAGGAUCUGUCUGCUUAGCUGAGGAAAAAUGGUAAGCAAUUCAUUCCUAUCAGAUAGUCCCUGGAGAAAAAAGGAGUCAAGUUUCAACUCUGAUUCCCGGCAGUGCUGGAGAUGGAGGAGAUGUUACCCCACUCUUCCACCAAGGCACCUGCAAGUUCCCGGACAUUUAUGGGACACCCUCCAAUCCAACAGGUCCCAGACGUGCUCAAUGGGAUUGAGAUCUGGGCUCUUCGCUGGCCGUGGCAGAACACUGACAUUCCUGUCUUGCAGGAAAUCACACACAGAACGAGCAGUAUGGCUGGUGGCAUUGUCAUGCUGGAGGGUCAUGUCAGGAUGAACCUGCAGGAAGGGUAACACAUGAGGGAGGAGGAUGUCUUCCCUGUAACGCACAACGAUGCGAUUGCCUGCAAUGACAACAAGCUCAGUCCGAUGAUGCUGUGACACACCGCCCCAGACCAUGACGGACCCUCCACCUCCAAAUCGAUCCCGCUCCAGAGUACAGGCCUCGGUGUAACGCUCAUUCCUUCGACAAUAAACACGAAUCCAACCAUUACCCCUGGGUGAGACAAAACCGCAACUUGUCAGUGAAGAGCACUUUUUGCCAGUCCUGUCUGGUCCAUCGAUGGUGGGUUUGUGCCCAUUGGCGACGUUGUUGCCGGUGAUGUCUGAUUUAGGACCUGCCUUACAACAUGCCUACAAGCCCUCAGUCCAGCCUCUCUCAGCCUAUUGCGGACAGUCUGAGCACUGAUGGAGGGAUUGUACGUUGCUGGUGUAACUCGGGCAGUUGUUGCCAUCCAGGCUGUACCGAUCCUGUGCAGGUGUUGUUACACGUGGUCUGCCACUUUGAGGACAAUCAGCUGUCCGUCCUCUCCCUGUAGCGCUGUCUUAGGCGUCUCACAGUACGGACAUUGCAAUUUAUUGCCCUGGCCACAUCUGCAGUCCUCAUGCGUCCUUGCAGCAUGCCUAAGGCACGUUCACGCAGAUGAGCAGGGACCCUGGGCAUCUUUCUUUUUGUGUUUUUCAGAGUCAGUAGAAAGGCCUCUUAGUGUCCUAAGUUUUCAUAACUGUGACCUUAAUUGCCUACCGUCUGUAAGCUGUUAGUGUCUUAACGACCAUUCCACAGGUGCAUGUUCAUUAAUUGUUUAUGGUUCAUUGAACAAGCAUGGGAAACAGUGUUUAAACCCUUUUACAAUGAAGAUCUGUGAAGUUAUUUGGAUUUUUACGUAUGAUCUUUUAUAGAUAGGGUCCUGAAAAAGGGACGUUUCUAUUUUUGCUGAGUUUACAAACCGACCACAUUACUUAAGUGGCAGUCUUUCUCCAAUGUAUGUAUAAUGACAUGUCAAAAAUGUUAUAAAUUGAUUUGCAUUUUAUUGAGGGAAAUAAGUAUUUGACCCCCUCUCAAUCAGAAAGAUUUCUGGCUCCCAGGUGUCUUUUAUACAGGUAUCGAGCUGAGAUUAGGAGCACAUUCUUAAAGGGAGUGCUCCUAAUCUGUUUGUUACCUGUAUAAAAGACACCUGUCCACAGAAGCAAUCAAUCAGAUUCCAAACUCACCACCAUGGCCAAGACCAAAGAGCUCUCCAAGGAUGUCAGGGACAAGACUGUAGACCUACACAAGGCUGGAAUGGGCUACAAGACCAUCGCCAAGCAGCUUGGUGAGAAGGUGACAACAGUUGGUGCGAUUAUUUGCAAAUGGAAGAAACACUAAAUAACUGUCAAUCUCCCUCGGCCUGGGGCUCCAUGCAAGAUCUCACCUCGUGGAGUUGCAAUGAUCAUGAGAACGGUGAGGAAUCAGCCCAGAACUACACGGGAGGAUCUUGUCAAUGAUCUCAAGGCAUCUGGGACCAUAGUCACCAAGAAAACAAUUGGUAACACACUAUGCUGUGAAGGACUGAAAUCCUGCAGCGCCCGCAAGGUCCCCGUGCUCAAGAAAGCACAUAUACAGGGCCGUCUGAAGUUUGCCAAUGAAUAUCUGAAUGAUUCAGAGGAGAACUGGGUGAAAGUGUUGUGGUCAGAUGAGACCAAAAUCGAGCUCUUUGGCAUCAACUCAACUCGCCGUGUUUGGAGGAGGAGGAAUGCUGCCUAUGACCCCAAGAACACCAUCCCCACCGUCAAACAUAGAGGUGGAAACAUUAUGCUUUGGGGGUGUUUUUCUGCUAAGGGGACAGGACAACUUCACCGCAUCAAAGGGACGAUGGACGGGGCCAUGUACCGUCAAAUCUUGGGUGAGAACCUCCUUCCCUCAGCCAGGGCAUUGAAAAUGGGUCGUGGAUGGGUAUUCCAGCAUGACAAUGACCCAAAACACCCGGCCAAGGCAACAGGAGUGGCUCAAGAAGAAGCACAUUAAGGUCCUGGAGUGGCCUAGGCAGUCUUCAGACCUUAAUCCCAUAGAAAAUCUGUGGAGGGAGCUGAAGGUUCAAGUUCCCAAACGUCAGCCUCGAAACCUUAAUGACUUGGAGAAGAUCUGCAAAGAGGAGUGGGACAAAAUCCCUCCUGAGAUGUGUGCAAACCUGGUGGCCAACUACAAGAAACGUCUGACCUCUACGAUUGCCAACAAGGGUUUUGCCACAGAGUACUAAGUAAUGUUUUGCAGAGGGGUCAAAUUCUUAUUUCCCUCAUUAAAAUGCAAAUCAAUUUAUAACAUUUUUGACAUGCAUUUUUCUGGAUUUUUUGUUUUGUUAUUCUGUCUCUCACUGUUCAAAUAAACCUACCAUUAAAAUUAUAGACUGAUCAUUUCUUUGUCAGUGGGCAAACGUACAAAAUCAGCAGGGGAUGAAAUACUUUUUUCCCCUCACUGUAAGCAGGAAUACAAACUUUUACUUUUGAAGAGAGCCAGCAAUUACAGGUUAAACUCAAAGCAUAUUACUUAAUCACAAAUUAACCUGGUAAAUAUCUCGCAGGUCUCACAAAACGAAUACAUGCUAGACCAGUUAUACAAUACAAAUGCGAUAAUUUAGAAAUAACGUGAUUAAUGACCAUUCUAAAAGCUUCUAUGAAAAAUGUAUAUAAAUCAGAAUGAUCAACAGUUGGAUGGAUCCUAUAGCCUUCUUAGACUCAACAGCCCUGAAGCAAAUACCAUCAGACAAACAAUAAUCACUGUAAACAGAUCUCACACAAAAAUAAAUACAGUUAAAACAUGAAUGCGUAGAAAAUCACCAGGAAUGGAUGGCUUUCCCAUAGAAUUCUAUUUAACAUUUUACACAAACGACAACACACGUCACUAAAUUCAGUACUUCCUUGUUCCAUGUAUCAAACAGUUUAUUUCAGUUACAGUAUAUUAAAACCAGAAAUCUGGAGUCCCAUACAUUUACAGACUCAUAAGUUUAAUAAAUUGUGACAAUAAAAUAUAGUGGGGAAAAAAAGUAUUUAGUCAGCCACCAAUUGUGCAAGUUCUCCCACUUAAAAAGAUAAGAGAGGCCUGUAAUUUUCAUCAUAGGUACACGUCAACUAUGACAGACAAUGAGGAAAAAAAAUCCAGAAAAUCACAUUGUAGGAUUUUUAAUGAAUUUAUUUGCAAAUUAUGGUGGAAAAUAAGUAUUUGGUCAAUAACAAAAGUUUCUCAAUACUUUGUUAUAUACCCUUUGUUGGCAAUGACACAGGUCAAACGUUUUCUGUAAGUCUUCACAAGGUUUUCACACACUGUUGCUGGUAUUUUGGCCCAUUCCUCCAUGCAGAUCUCCUCUAGAGCAGUGAUGUUUUGGGGCUGUCGCUGGGCAACACGGACUUUCAAAUCCCUCCAAAGAUUUUCUAUGGGGUUGAGAUCUGGAGACUGGCUAGGCCACUCCAGGACCUUGAAAUGCUUCUUACGAAGCCACUCCUUCGUUGCCCGGGCGGUGUGUUUGGGAUCAUUGUCAUGCUGAAAGACCCAGCCAUGUUUCAUCUUCAAUGCCCUUGCUGAUGGAAGGAGGUUUUCACUCAAAAUCUCACGAUACAUGGCCCCAUUCAUUCUUUCCUUUACACGGAUCAGUCGUCCUGGUCCCUUUGCAGAAAAACAGCCCCAAAGCAUGAUGUUUCCACCCCCAUGCUUCACAGUAGGUAUGGUGUUCUUUGGAUGCAACUCAGCAUUCUUUGUCCUCCAAACACGACGAGUUGAGUUUUUUACCAAAAAGUUAAAUUUUGGUUUCAUCUGACCAUAUGACAUUCUCCCAAUCCUCUUCUGGAUCAUCCAAAUGCACUCUAGCAAACUUCAGACGGGCCUGGACAUGUACUGGCUUAAGCAGGGGGACACGUCUGGCACUACACUUUUGUUUUUGGUGUCCUUUGACAGCUCUUUGGUCUUGGCCAUUGUGAAGUUUGGAGUGUGACUGUUUGAGGUUGUGGACAGGUGUCUUUUAUACUGAUAACAAGUUCAAACAGGUGCCAUUAAUACAGGUAACGAGUGGAGGACAGAGGAGCCUCUUAAAGAAGAAGUUACAGGUCUGUGAGAGCCAGAAAUCUUGCUUGUUUGUAGGUGACCAAAUACUUAUUUUCCACCAUAAUUUGCAAAUAAAUUCAUUAAAGAUCCUACAAUGUGAUUUUCUGGAAAGAUUUUUUCUCAAUUUGUCUGUCAUAGUUGACGUGUACCUAUGAUGAAAAUUACAGGCCUCUCAUCUUUUUAAGUGGGAGAACUUGCACAAUUGGUGGCUGACUAAAUACUUUUUCCCCCCACUGUAAUAACUAAGCUUCUAAGCAAUAGAAUGGCAAAUGUCUUAUCAGACUUGAUACAUAUCAAUCAAUAAGGGUUUAUAAAAAAUAGACACUUACAAACAAGGACAUGUUUCAGUUUAAUACAAUACUCAAAACGAUAUGUAGAUUCAUCAAUAAUGGCUGUUGAUGCUGAAAAGGCUUUCGACCGUCUUGAAUGGCCUCUCCUAUUCAAACUUUGGAAGCUUUCAAAUUUCCAGCUGAAAUAAUAAAUGUUAUAAAAAUAUUAUAUAAAUGUCCUGAAGCAAAAAUAUAGACGUAGUACAUUAUCUGAUGAAAUUGCUUUAGAACGGGGCACAAGACAGGAAUGUCCCCUCUCCCCCCUCCUGUUUGCACUGGCAAUUCAACAGCUUGCAGAAAUAAUUAGAAAGGACCCACACGUAACAGGUAUCGAUAUUGGUAAACAUGAAUACAAACUCAACUUUUUUGCAGAUGAAAUCCUGAUAUACCUGACCAAUAUUGAAAACUCAAUGCCCACUUUGCUAAAAAUAAUUUCAGAAUACUCAAAUCUCAGGAUAUAAAAUUAACGCGGGGAAAAAGAAUAACGCACGAUCUACAGCAAUUCUUUAAGUGGACCACAAAAUAUUAAAUAACCCACUUCUGAUGCUUAAUAAGUGACAACAAACAUAUAAAGAUAACUUUAUCCCAUUACUGAACAAUAUGAAAGCAGAUAAUUAAAUGGAACAAUCUACCCAUAAAUCUUACAGAUGGAAUAAACCUCUUUUAGAAUGGCUUGGCUCCCAAGGUUUUUGUAUUUAUUUUCGGUAAUACCAAUUACCCCACCAAAGACAUUUAAAGAAAAAGUAUACUCGGUCAUAACAGACUUUAUAUGGCCAAAUAAAAUUCAUAGCAUAAAAAGGAACGUUUUACAUCUUCCUAAGUUUGAGGGGGGUUUUAACCUUCCAGACUUGGAAUUGUAUCAACUCGCUGCCCAAGACUUUUACUUGCUACAUAUACAGUGGGGAGAACAAGUAUUUGAUACACUGCCGAUUUUGCAGGUUUUCCUACUUACAAAGCAUGUAGAGGUCUGUAAUUUUUAUCAUAGGUGUACUUCAACUGUGAGAGACGGAAUCUAAAACAAAAAUCCAGAAAAUCACAUUGUAUGAUUUUUAAGUAAUUAAUUUGCAUUUUAUUGCAUGACAUAAGUAUUUGAUCACCUACCAACCAGUAAGAAUUCUGGCUCUCACAGACCUGUUCGUUUUUCUUUUAAGAAGCCCUCCUGUUCUCCACUCAUUACCUGUAUAAAAGACACCUGUCCACACACUCAAUCAAACAGACUCCAACCUCUCCACAAUGGCCAAGACCAGAGAGCUGUGUAAGGACAUCAGGGAUACAAUUGUAGACCUGCACAAGGCUGGGAUGGGCUACAGGACAAUAGGCAAGCAGCUUGGUGAGAAGGCAACAACUGUUGGCUCAAUUAUUAGAAAAUGGAAGAAGUUCAAAAUGACAGUCAAUCACCCUCGGUCUGGGGCAAGAUCUCACCUCGUGGGACAUCAAUGAUCAUGAGGAAGGUGAGGGAUCAGCCCAGAACUACACGGCAGGACCUGGUCAAUGACCUGAAGAGAGCUGGGACCACAGUCUCAAAGAAAACCAUUAGUAACACACUACGCCGUCAUGGAUUAAAAUCCUGCAGCGCACGCAAGGUCCCCCUGCUCAAGCCAGCGCAUGUCCAGGCCCGUCUGAAGUUUGCCAAUGACCAUCUGGAUGAUCCAGAGGAGGAAUGGGAGAAGGUCAUGUGGUCUGAUGAGACAAAAUUAGAGCUUUUUGGUCUAAACUCCACUCGCCGUGUUUGGAGGAGGGAGAAGGAUGAGUACAACCCCAAGAACACCAUCCCAACCGUGAAGCAUGGAGGUGGAAACAUCAUUCUUUGGGGAUGCUUUUCUGCAAAGGGGACAGGACGACUGCACCGUAUUGAGGGGAGGAUGGAUGGCCAACAACCUCCUUCCCUCAGUAAGAGCAUUGAAGAUGGGUCGUGGCUGGGUCUUCCAGCAUGACAACGACCCAAAACACACAGCCAGGGCAACUAAGGAGUGGCUCCAUAAGAAGCAUCUCAAGGUCCUGGAGUGGCCUAGCCAGUCUCCAGACCUGAACCCAAUAGAAAAUCUUUGGAGAGAGCUGAAAGUCCGUAUUGCCCAGUGACAGCCCCGAAACCUGAAGGAUCUGGAGAAGGUCUGUAUUGAGGAGUGGGCCAAAAUCCCUGCUGCAGUGUGUGCAAACCUGGUCAAGACCUACAGGAAACGUAUGAUCUCUGUAAUUGCAAACAAAGGUUUCUGUACCAAAUAUUAAGUUCUGCUUUUCUGAUGUAUCAAUUUGAAAUAUUUUGGACAUCAGAGCAAUCUUGUGGGAAUCCUAUUUGAGGAUAUUCAAUAUGAUAAGUAAACUAUACAAAACCUAGCCAACUGACAAUCUCUUCUGAAAAAAUAUAAACUAUUGGAACCAAGACUUAAUAACUGAUAUUGGCCCAAGAUGGAGGGAACGUUGGAACAUAACUAACGAGAUUACAGUUAACGAAAAUAUAUGAUUAAUCUAGUAUAAGUUAAUGUAUUGGGGGGAACUGAAUAUUAGGAAGGUGUACCAAUUGUUUGGUAUAGUCAGUGUACUUCAGUUAUGUACUGUGUGUGUAUCUCACUAGCAGUUUUUUUUUUUUUUACCUUCCUAAUGUAAUGAUGCAAUGUAACCUGCUCUCCCCCUUGUAUGUCAGUAUAUUGAUGGGGGCUAUAGGAGGUACACCCUCCCUCUCACCUUUUCCCUGACCAUCUCACCCCAUGGAGAGGUCUUCUACCAUAAUGCCACCAUUGUGAGUGAUGUUCAAGAGCAGACAGGUGAUUAUUUAUAUAUAUAAUAAGAUCUCCUGACAAAAUCAGUUGAACUAAAACUAAACUCAUGGUUGCCUGCCUCCCUGUCCUGUUUAAAUCCCUCAUUCCUACACUCUCUCAACUCUUUUGCCAAUCUUCUCCUUCUCUCCCCUCUACAUUUUCCCCCACCCUCUCCUCCCCAUGCAUCCUCCAAGCCCCAGAACCUCUCAUGCUGGAGGGUAAGUGCACAGAGAGGGGCCUCCUGGUGCUGCUGCACUAUGGGGCCCAGGAGCGGAGCUGGGAGCUCUUCCUCGGGGCCCGCCGGCUGGACUGGGAGCUAGUGGAAAUGGGGGGCUUCACCGUGGAAACAGAGGAGGACUACUUUAGCGUGGAGAUCCCACUCUAUAGUCCGGGCAUGGCCUAUGAGGUGAGGAGGGAAAUCUAACUACAUUAACUGGAGAUUUGGUUGUCCACUCAACUGGCUCUUUUCUCAUGGCUGUGUUUCUUCCACCUUAGUCAAAUUAAAAUGGUUCUUCAAUUGUUGUGCUCUAUCCUUCUCUUUAUCUAGCUCUGAAAUCUUUAACCAAUAACCGGUCUAUACAGUGCAUUUGGAAAGUAUUCAGAACCCUUUGUCCACAUUUUGUUACGUUACAGCCUUAGUCAAAAAUUGAUUUUUUUUAAAGUCCUCAAUCUACACACAACCCCAUAAUGACAGUGAAAAUUGGUUUUUAGAAAUUCUAGCAAAUGUAUUAAAAAUUAAAAAUACACUUUAUUUACAUAAGUAUUCAGACCAUUUGGUAUGAGACUCGAAAUUGAACUCUGGUGCAUCUUGUUUCCAUUGAUCAUCCUUGAUGUUUCUACAAAUUGAUUGGAGUCCACCUGUGGUAAAUUCAAUUGAUUUGACAUGAUUUGGAAAGUCACACACCUGUCUAUAUAAGGUCUCACAGUUGACAGUGCAUGUCAGAGCAAAAAUCAAGCCAUGAGGUCGAAGGAAUUGUCCGUAGAGCUCAGAGACAGGAUUGUGUCGAGGCACAGAUCUGGGGAAGGGUACCAAAACAUUUAUGCAGCAUUGAAGGUCACCAAGAACACAGUGGCCUCCAUCAUUCUUAAAUGGAAGAAGUUUGGAACCGCCAAGACUCUUCCUAGAGCUGGCCGCCCGGCCAAACUGAGCAAUCAGGGGAGAAGGGCCUUGGUCAGGGAGGUGACCAAGAACCCAAUGGUCACUCUGACAGAGCUCCAGAGUUCCUCUGUGGAGAUGGGAGAAUCUUCCAGAAGCACAACCAUCUCUGCAGCACUCCACCAAUCAGGCCUUUGUGUUAGUGGCCAGACGGAAGCCAUUCCUCAGUAAAAGGCACAUGACAGCCCGCUUGGAGUUUGCCAAAAGGCACCUAAAGGACUCUCAGACCAUGAGAAACAAGAUUCUCUGGUUUGAUGAAACCAAGAUUGAAGUCUUUGGCCUGAAUGCCAAGCGUCACUUCUGGAAGAAACCUGGCACCAUCCCUACGGUGAAGCGUGGUGGCAGCAUCAUGCUGUGGGGAUGUUUUUCAGCGGCAGGGACUGGGAAACUAGUCAGGAUCGAGGGAAAGAUGAAUGGAGCAAAGUACAUAGAGAUCCUUGAUGAAAACCUGCACCAGAGCGCUCAGAACCUCCGACUGGGGCGAAGGUUCACCUUCCAACAGGACAAUGACCCUAAGCACACAGCCAAGACAACGCAGGAGUGGCUUCGGGACUAGUGUCUGAAUGCCCUUGAGUGGCCCAGCCAGAGCCCAGACUUGAACUCGCUCGAACAUCUCUGGAAAGGCCUGACAAUAGCUGUGCAGCGAUGCUCCCCAUCCAACCUGAAGGAGCUUGAGAGGAUCUGCAGAGAGAAAUGGGAGAAACUCCCCAAAUACAGGUGUGCCAAACUUGUAACAUCAUACCCAAGAAGACUUGAACAAAGUACUGAGUAAAGGGUCUGAAUACUUAUGUAAAUAUAUUUCAGUUUUUUUUAUACAUUUUCUCAUGUCUAAAAACCUGUUUUUGCUUCGUCAUUGUGUAGAUUGAUGAAGAGAAAAUAAAUAAUUUAAUCAAUUUUAGAAUAACGCUGUAACGUAACAAUGUGGAAAAAGUCAGUCUGAAUACUUUCCGAAUGCUCUGUAUAUCUAGGGCGGCAGGUAGCCUAGCGGUUAGUGUUGGGCCAGUAACCGAAAGGUUGCUGGUUUGAAUACCCGAGCUGAACAAGGUGAAACAUCUGUCUGUGCCCUUGAACAAGGCACUUAUCCCUAAUUUGCUCCAGGGAUGCCGUACCACUAUCUUUUGACACAAGUCCUAAUCUCAAUAUCAUUAAAGCCCCAGUACAACAGAUGAUCCGCUUUUCAUCAAUUUAGGAUUCAUUUGUGAAUUAAGGAUUAGUUCACUGGGAAUAUAGGCCUUUAGAGUAAUUUGAGAGCCAGGUAUAGUGAUUUAAAAAAAUAUAUAUAUCUAUGUACAGAUGUGAGUCGACGUAUUGGAUGCUUUCAUUAUCAAAACCUCCCCUUCCUCUCUGGCUCCUCCCGCUUUAGGAACUGAGUUUGCAGGGUAUUGUUGGCCGGCUGGAGGUCAGUGUGGUGGACACAGACACACUCGAGGUGGAGGACAGCCUCAUCCAGCGCUGCAGCUUCCCUGUCAGAGAGCUACUGGGUAACACACACUUGUGGUGUACUAUUGAAAGGCUUGACCGACGUGUCCUCAUUCAAACAAUGUUCAAACUUAUCCUAGAUAUCUCUUGACUUCCAGUGUGCUUACCAGAGGGGAGGAUGGUAAUAGUGACUGAUAUGUCAGGUACGAUCCCACCCACCCAACCAAAACGCACCACCCUAUUGGACCCCAACUGUGUCCCCCAAGAGACGGACAGCGUCAGGGCCCUAUUCAAUUUCUCCCUGGAUUCCUGUGGUACCAUUGUGACCGUGAGUGUGUUAGCACGUUGAUUCAUCAUGUUACAUGUUACGUGUUAACUCAAUCAUACAUGUUCUACCUCACCUAGGUUGAGGGGAAUUUCCUAGUAUAUGAGAACCAGGUGCUGUACCCCCAAGAACUUCUCCCCACGGAUGACCCCCUCAUCCACAGAGACUCCCCUUAUAGGUAAACACACACACCGCUUUUCACACUAUUCAAAUGUUAAUUUCUAUUACAAAAAUUGUUUUAUUUCAGGCUGACCGUCCAGUGCCGCUACCCUGCCAUCGACACCGGCAUUGUCUCUAUUGAACACCCUGUCAAUCCAACCUUUGCCCUCUCACCUCUGCUACCUGUCAAACGCACUCGAAGGGAGGCCCCCCACAGAGGUCAAGGCAGUGGGCAGUAUGUGGCA